GCUGGUGGAGGUCACAAAGAAGACUUCUUAUAAAAAUCCUGGGACACCACUAGCCUUCCCUUUUUGUUCAGCGAACUUUUGUUUGGUGUGAAUGCAGCGCUGCAACAUGCCCUCUUCAGAAAGUCGCUUUGUGAUUAUGAGCGUAGUUUCCAGGCUGCCUCGUGAUGGGAUUGAUGAAGCACGUGGCCUCGGAUGAUUCGCGUCAUAGUCGUUUUGGCUUCUGAACAUCUGCGUUUGAUGCAUCGAUUUGAAGUCACAACGAACGCGACGAGGAGUUAAUUUGGUGCUUUCACUGAUGGUAAGCAUGAAGUUCCUAACUGAGAAGAUGUCUUUUGAGAGGUGAGACCUACCCAGUUUUUUCUUCAAUAAUCCAGUGCAUGUAUGAUACCCUGGUAGUGACUAUUUUAGCAGGUGGUUCUGAAUAACAUUUUUAAAGGCAUAGGUGUAAAGACUGGAGUGACGAGAAACCUCUGGACUGGUUGAGGCUGCACGGUCAACUCGAUGUAUGCUUUUGUGUGGUGUACCUUUUUUCUUUUUCUUUUUUUAAAUCUUGUCUACAUCUGCAAAUAAAACUAAGUCCAUUUGGGGAUUAUACACUUUGGAAAUGGCUCUUCAUGUCACUAAUGUGCAAAUGUAAUUUUUAAAACUUUGAAUAUGGUCUUAAAGAAUUUGUGCUUUUAAGAUGUAUGAUAUCUUAAUAAAAACAUGAACAAAACCUUUUGUGUGUAGUUAUCUGGUAACUAUAAUUUAAAACUGCCACCCUUCCCUCAUAUGGGACACCUUUACUUCACUAUAUUACAAUGAAAUCUAUUCUUGACCAACUAUAUAUUGUUUGAAAGGUCGAAGACUCCCAAAUAUAUAUUUUACCAAUGUUUAAUUAUGUAGGGAAAGUAAUAGAUGACGAGUGAAUCCAAAUCGAAAUUAUAACUUGAGUUUUUACCUUUUUGUUUGAAAAAAAAAAGCCUUUUUUCUCGAUCACAUUUUAGAAAUCUGAAAUUAUCAACCGAAAACCUCAAAAUUCAUCCUUUAAAAACCAUUUUAAAAUCCGACAUUGCAUUGCCAUGUAAAUGGUACAUCAAUGUGUUACAAAAUAUUUUCAUGAAUUAUAAAAAAUUUAGUUUGGAACUUGCACUAUAAAGUCGGUUCAAAACUGUGAGUGACAGUUAAGGGGUUAAGAUGUUGGAGUGGUGCUAUUUUCAUUAAUCUGAGUAAUUGUGGUGGUAACCCUUGUAGGUUUGUCUUAUAAAUGGUCAAUACCAUUGUGAAUCUUUAAAUAAAAAUCUAGCACAUGCGGGAAAAUAUGGCACGAGUCCAGUAUCUGGGAUGAAUACACAAAUCUAAUAGACCAUUAAACGCAGCAUCCUACACGGAUGAUCCACUUGUCUUUCUCUGCAGGAAGACCGGAGUCCUGAGACCGUUAUUACAUGCUGUACUUCCGGAUUACUGCUCAUAAUGCUCGCUCAGUUCUGUAGUUGAUCACCCGAAUGAUGGUUAGAGCGAUUGUUUUGUAGAGUAGUGUGUAUCUGAAAGACGAGCUCCUCGUGUAAGCACUUAACUACGUUUUCAUUACUCAAUCAACUGUUGGAUUUACGCGUUUAAAUGAAACUUGUAAGAUUUAUGAACAAUCGUGCACCAUCUAAUAAGAGAUAUCAGCCAACAGAAUAUGAGCAUGCUGCUAACUGUGCCACACAUGCGCUCUGGAUCAUUCCCAGCAUUGUGGGUGGGAUCUUGUUGUACCUCUUAUCUGAUGACCACUGGGAGGAGAUUUCAGCAUGGCUCUAUGGGGCAGGACUGUCAAGCCUUUUCAUCAUAUCCACAGUUUUCCAUACUAUCUCCUGGAAAAAGUCUCAUCUCCGAUCGGUUGAGAACUGUUUCCACAUGUGUGAUAGGAUGGUGAUCUAUUUCUUCAUUGCAGCGUCCUACACACCUUGGUUGACACUGCGGGAUCUUGGUCCAUGGGCUGCCAACAUGCGUUGGGUGGUCUGGGUGAUGGCCUCUGGAGGAACUGCCUAUGUGUUCUUCUUCCAUGAAAGGUUUAAAGCUGUAGAGCUGAUCUGUUACGUAGCAAUGGGUGUUUUCCCUGCUCUUGUCAUCCUCUCUAUGGCAGACAGGUCAGGUCUGUGUGAGCUCUUGGUUGGUGGCGGGUGUUAUGUUUUGGGCAUAGUGUUCUUUAAAAGUGAUGGAAUAGUGCCCUUUGCUCACGCUAUAUGGCACCUGUUUGUUGCAAUGGGAGCAGGCAUCCAUUACUAUGCCAUCUGGAAGUACCUGUACACACCUGUCAAUCAACCAACCAGUACGGCCCGGUGACACACACGUACAUACACCUAACCACACAAUCAUUUGAAUAUAUAUUUGUCACAGAAGUGCUACUUAAGCAUAAGCAGUAUUGUUUAUUUGCUCUGUUGUGUUUUUGCUAGCGAACGGUUUGACUGAUGUCAUUCUUGUCACUUAUUGAUAGGUCUUCAAUUAGCACAUACAACAGAAAUUACAUCUAGCCUUUGUGAGUCUGCAAGCAGCAAGGGUCAUUUUGAACCUGAGGUCGUGUGGAUCCUGAACAAGAAAGUAAAAAAAAAAAAAAAAAAAAAAAAAAAACUAGACAUAUUACAUUAAGGUUUACAAUUUGAAGGUAAAAUCACUGCCAGACAUUUGUAAAAACAUUCAUCCUGGAUAGUACUUACUUGAAAACCGUUUAAAGAUUUGUAUGUAGUGUCUUUAAACCGACUUUGGAUUAUUCCACUAAUUCUGCCACUGCCAGUGUGGAGAUUGUUUAAUUUCUGUCAGAAAUAUGAAUACAUUUCAUAUUACUGUACACAGUAUCAAUUCUCCAUGCUUCUAGUCUAGUGCUGGUCUGUUGCAUUUUUGGAUGUGCAAUGUCUUUGGGAAAAUGCCAUAAGUGCUUGAUGACUUUGUCUUGGACUGGUCAUCUGAUUUCAUGGUUUAAUUGAAAAGUUCAGACUCUCAUAUUAUGAUUUUAAAAUGUGUUUAAUGUGGUAACAUUUAUUUAUAGAUUUUAAUCAAGUCAAAUUAUUAUUUAACAUUUUAAUUGAUCUUAUAUGACUUAAUCAGCAUGACUACAUCAUAGGAUUGCACCAACAAAUAAUUUUAAGGGUUACCUCAUAGGAAAAUAGCUCACUUUUUUACAGCAUUGAGACUUUUGCCUGUUUUACUGCAUUCCAUUUCAGUGAAAAUCUAAAAACAAGUGUUUUAUUUAAGUUGUUAUUUAUUCAUUUCAAUUUACAGCUGCUGUAGAUGUUGUAUUACCAUUUAUUUUAUAUGAGAACUUAAUAGUGUAUGAAAAACAUCAGCUUUUUGCCUUCACCUGAGAGUCAUUAAAGAAACAAUGCACCCAAAACUGAAACCUGUCAGCAUUUACUCACACACCUGUUCAGUUCCUUACCUCCAUUUUUAUCUUUCUUCUGUUUAGCAGAAUGUCCAGGCUGCUCUUUUUUAUGGAAGCUUGUUUCCAACACAGGAUAAGAAAAAAGGCGGUUGUGACUUUUUUUUAGGGCUUCAAAACGAUUAAUUGUGAUUAAUCCCAUUCAAAAUAAAAGUUUAUGUGUAAAUACUAGGUGUGUGUACUGUGUACUCUAUAUUUAUUACGUAUGUAGAAAUAUACACACAUAAAUGUAUAUAUUUGUAAAAAAAAUUUUUAUGUAAACAUUAAUACAUGUGUAUAAUUAAUUUUUCCUUCAUAUAUAUGUGUAUGUGUGUUUAUAUAUACAUAAUAAAUAUACACAUUUAGUAUUUAAACAUAAAAUUUUAUUUUGAAUGUGAUUAAUCAAGAUUAAUCAUUCUAAAGCCCUAGACUUUUAUCUCACUAAAAGAAAACUCAGAAUUCUAAUAUGUAAACUUAGAAUUGUGUCUUUUCCUUUUGCAAUUCUGAGUUUUUAUCUUGAAAAUAUGACUUUUCUCUAUGAAUUCUGAGUUUACAUCUCGUAAUUCUAUUUAUCGCAACUCUAACUUUUUCCUCACAAUUGCGAAUUUACAUCUUAAAAUUAUGAUAGUUUUCUGAGAAUUGUGAGGAGCAAAAAAUUUCAUUGUGAGACAAGUAGUCAAUUAAUUUUAUUUAUCCAUUCAUCCAUCCCUUGGUAAAAACAAGCUUCGUUUUUGGAACUGGCACUGUUCAGUUUCACUAAUAACAAAAAUACAACUAUAGAGUACUAUAAAUGUUGUAGACCUCCUUUCAUGUUCUGUGAAAGACAGAAAAACAUGCAGGUUUGGAACAACAUGAUGGUGUAAAUGAUGACCUUUCACUUUUGCUUUAACUAUAGUAAAGUCUCAGCUUCAAUGGUCUGUCCUGAUCAAGGUUCAUUGGACUGAUCAGACAAAGCUCUUGCUCUCAGGGUUGCCAUUUUAUUGGCUGAAACCAUCACAAUUUCUUAAGCAUUCCAUUUGUGCUGUGCUCCUUUAGGCCAUACAUAUUUGAAUAACUUGAACUCUGUAGAUAACUUGUAUUUUUGAUCAGGGCUAAUGGGAGAUCAGGAACAAUUUGGUUAUCACAACCACAGAAACACUCACACACAAACAGAAGAAGUCUGCAGUUUUUAUAGUUGCUAAACUAAAGUCUAUUAAACAGGUAUUUAAAUUUGCAUGGCCUUCUCAAUCAUAUAAAACUCUUAACAGUUACUGGUUGUAUCAGAAUGUUUCUAAAUGUGUAUUUAUUAUUGCUUUACAUUUUAAAAUAAUAUUUCAUGUACUAUGAAUAUAGAAAGUGUUUGGCCAAUAGUUGUAAUCCAGGUGUACACAAACAUACUUAGCAACAAAUUCAUUAUAUUGUUGAUAAUUAGGUUUUACAGCUGAAAUGUGUAUGCCAUUGAAUGUACAGUAUUUACACAUGAGUUGCAUCACUCUGUCAGGUACGUUUUUGAACUCUUAAGGUUUGAGAUGAUAGUAGGGCUGUUUGUGAAGGUUUCAGUUUGAACUUUUACAUUUUAUUUAUUUAUUUUUAUUUAUUUUUUUUUCUAUGAUUUGCAUUAACGGUAUACUGUUCUGUAGAUACAUGAGACCAUUCAGAUACUUUUAUUAACCCAGUAAGUGAUAUAUCUGUGGUAUUAUGGAAGUGUUGCAUAUAAUGUUCAGUUUUGGAAGUGUAAUACAUUUUUGUAUGUUUCUAAAAAAUUAUUUUAUGACUUUCCGUUAUUUUGUUGCAUUGUAAAUAUUCAAUUUUUUGCCAUGGUUGACUGUUUAAAUAUUUGUUUGGUGUUGCUUUAUUACAGUGUGUUUUACUUGGAGUUUUGUUGAUGCAGUAUGAAGUUUACAUCCAUCAUACAGCUUUCACUGCCAAUCAGCCUGAGAUUAAUGCAUCUCGGAUAGCAUUAAUGCAUCGACCUCGAAUUUAGCAAAAUAACACAAUUUAUUGAAACUGAUAUGAUGCUUGAGGAGUUGUGUUAGCUAUAAGUGCAUACUGACUGUACACAUUGUGAAUCCUUCCUCUUACUUUUGAGUAACUAGAAAAUGCUGUUUAAUAAAUUGUGGUUUUAGCAUGUAAAAAUUAAUCAAACAAUUUACCUCUGACUCAAAGCCAAAAUUAUAGCACAAUUUAAUGUUGCUUUCCCUAAAAAAAAAAAAACUUACAAUUUAUAAUGUAGAAUUUGGUUUAGUCUUUUCAUGAUACUUGACACCAAACUCUCAGGCUGCCUACCUGUCCUUGAGUUAUUAAAAAUAUUAAUUCAGUAAAAUUAAUGAAUCCUCUUUUGAAACCGAAUCCCGACCUCACUGUAUAUAUCAUUUGUGCCUUUUCUAGUUUUCAGAACCGUUCAAGGCAUUGUGUUUUUAGCCAUUCUGCUGAUUUGCUCUGCAUAAAAAUGUGAACCUUUCACAUGAAGGUAUUUGUGAUUUUGCUGCAGUGUUUUUGUAUUUGUAUUAAGCCCAUGUUAUUUCAUACUAGUGCUUUUUUAUCGAGGAAACGUCCUCCUCUCUGAAUCAUUAUUUAAGUCUAUGCCUGUGGUUGAUCAAUAAAUGCGAAAGGAAAAACUUGCA